CUGCUUUAGAAAGAAGGUUGCAGUUUAUUGAAGAGGAGAGCCAGACAGGAACCCCUCAACGUUGUUUGUAAAGCUUUUUUCGGCUUCAGCGGUGAGUCAGGCCCGAUGAUCUACUGGACCCGAGGAGAGAAAUUUAUCGAAGAGCUGGAAAAUCACAUUAAAGAAGGUGAAAUCAGGCUCCUGAAAGAGCACCUUGGAGAAAAAAUUGUGGAGUUAACCUUAAUCUUUGACAUUGUGAAAGAAGCAGACCUGGCCAAUUACACAUGCCACGUCGAAAACAGAAAUGGGAAGAAACAGGCAAGCAUCAUUCUGAGAAAGCGAGAUCUGAUCUCCAGAAUUGAACUUGCUGGAGGUUUGGGAGCUAUAUUUCUCUUAUUGGUUAUACUUGUAACCAUCUAUAAGUGCUACAAUAUAGAGCUGAUGCUCUGCUACAAGCAAAUGUUUGGAGGCGAUGAAACCGUGGAUGACAACAAAGAAUAUGACGCCUAUCUAUCGUAUACGAAAGUCGAUCCUGAGACAUUAGAUCGUGACAACCGGGAAGAAGAACAAUUUGUCCUUGAAAUCUUGCCAGAUGUUCUGGAGAAGCAAUAUGGAUAUAAGCUCUUUAUUCCAGACCGGGACCUGAUCCCUACUGGGACCUAUCUAGACGAUCUCGCCCGCUGUAUAGAACAAAGUCGCCGGCUCCUGAUUGUCCUGACGCCGGAUUAUGUCCUCCGACGAGGGUGGAGUAUUUUUGAAAUGGAAAACAGACUCCAUAACAUGCUCCUGAGCGGAGAAAUCAAAGUCAUCUUCAUCGAGUGCCCCCAGCUGAAAGGGAAAGUCAACUACCAAGAGGUGGAAUCUUUAAAGCACAGCAUCAAACUCUUCUCGGUCGUCCCGUGGAAAGGACCCCAGUGUAACAAACCGAAUUCUAAAUUCUGGAAACAUUUGCUCUACGAGAUGCCGGUAAAGAAGAGAGAAGUUCUCUCACGGCGCCAAGUCCUGGAUUCUGCCGAACAGGGUCUCUUUGGGGAUCUGCAAACAGUGCCUUCCGUCGCGGUGACGGAUACUUCUGCCACUUUAGUUUCAUCUCAGGCAGAUUUGGGAGACUACCAGCUCACCGAUGCAGCACAGAUGAGACAUUACUGUAGAGGUUACGAAUACAACAUGCAGUCCGCCACCUUGCCACUCACUGCCAUAAGCGGCAACCACCACACUUACUGUAAUCUGCCGCUGACGCUUCUCAACGGGCAGUUGCCACUGAACAGCAGCGUGAAGGAUGUCCACGAUUUCCAUAGAAACCCUUCUUUACUCCCCUUGUCAACGAGGGAGCUCAGUUUCACCAGCGAUAUAUGGUAGCAAAGAUCUAGACUGCUUUAG